UCUUUACAAAGCUGCUUGAAACUUCUUCCAAACUCGCCAUGGAUUCGGCGGCGCCGGCGCUGCCUGCUUUUGUGGCGCUGGUGCUCCUCUCCCCGUGGCCUCUCUUGGGGUCAGCCCAAGGCCAGUUCUCCGCAGGUGGCUGCACUUUUGAUGAUGGUCCAGGAGCCUGUGAUUACCACCAGGAUCUGUAUGAUGACUUUGAAUGGGUACAUGUUAGUGCUCAAGAGCCCCUUUACCUGCCACCUGAAAUGCCUCAAGGUUCAUAUAUGAUAGUGGAUUCUUCAAAUCAUGACCCUGGAGAAAAAGCCCGACUUCAGCUGCCCACAAUGAAGGAGAAUGACACUCACUGCAUUGAUUUCAGUUACUUGUUAUAUAGCCAAAAUGGGUUGAAUCCUGGCACUUUGAACAUAUUAGUGAGGGUGAAUAAAGGACCUCUUGCUAAUCCAAUUUGGAAUGUGACUGGAUUCACUGGGAGAGACUGGCUUCGAGCUGAGCUAGCAGUGAGCACCUUUUGGCCCAACGAGUAUCAGGUAAUAUUUGAAGCUGAAGUCUCAGGAGGAAGAAGUGGUUAUAUUGCCAUCGAUGACAUCCAAGUACUGAGUUAUCCUUGUGAUAAAUCUCCUCAUUUUCUCCGCCUGGGGGAUGUAGAAGUCAAUGCAGGGCAGAAUGCUACAUUUCAGUGCAUUGCUACAGGGAGAGAUGCUGUGCACAACAAAUUAUGGCUCCAGAGACGAAAUGGAGAAGAUAUACCUGUAGCCCAGACUAAGAACAUCAAUCAUAGAAGAUUUGCUGCUUCCUUUAGAUUGCAAGAAGUGACUAAAACCGACCAGGAUUUGUAUCGCUGCGUAACUCAGUCAGAACGCGGUUCUGGUGUAUCCAAUUUUGCUCAACUUAUUGUGAGAGAACCACCAAGACCCAUUGCUCCUCCUCAGUUGCUUGGCGUUGGGCCUACAUAUCUACUGAUCCAGCUAAAUGCCAACUCCAUCAUUGGUGAUGGUCCCAUUAUCCUGAAAGAAGUGGAAUAUCGCAUGACAUCAGGGUCCUGGACAGAAACCCAUGCAGUCAAUGCUCCAACUUACAAGCUCUGGCAUUUAGAUCCAGAUACUGAAUAUGAGAUCCGUGUCCUACUCACAAGACCUGGAGAAGGUGGAACCGGGCUCCCAGGACCACCGCUCAUCACUAGAACAAAAUGCGCAGAACCUAUGAGAACCCCAAAGACGUUAAAGAUUGCAGAGAUACAGGCAAGACGGAUUGCUGUGGACUGGGAGUCCUUGGGUUACAAUAUCACUCGGUGCCACACUUUCAAUGUCACUAUCUGCUAUCAUUACUUUCGUGGUCACAAUGAGAGCAAGGCAGACUGUUUGGACAUGGACCCCAAAGCCCCUCAACAUGUCGUCAGCCAUCUUCCACCAUAUACAAAUGUCAGCCUCAAGAUGAUACUCACCAAUCCGGAAGGAAGGAAGGAGAGUGAAGAGACCAUCAUCCAAACUGAUGAAGAUUUGCCUGGCCCUGUUCCAAUCAAAUCUCUCCAAGGAACAUCCUUUGAAAACAAGAUUUUCUUGAACUGGAAAGAGCCUUUGGACCCAAAUGGAAUCAUCACACAAUAUGAGGUCAGUUAUAGCAGCAUAAGAUCAUUUGAUCCUGCAGUACCAGUGGCUGGUCCUCCCCAGACUGUAUCAAACUUGUGGAAUAGUACACAUCAUGUAUUUAUGCAUCUCCACCCUGGAACCACCUACCAAUUUUUUAUCCGAGCCAGCACAGUCAAGGGCUUUGGGCCAGCCACAGCCAUCAAUGUGACAACAAAUAUCUCAGCUCCCACUUUGCCUGACUAUGAAGGAGUUGAUGCUUCUCUCAAUGAAACUGCCACCACAAUCACUGUGCUGUUGCGACCAGCCCAAGCCAAAGGUGCACCAAUCAGUGCUUAUCAGAUUGUCGUGGAAGAACUGCACCCACAUCGAACCAAGAGAGAAGCCGGGGCCAUGGAAUGCUAUCAGAUUCCUAUCACCUACCAAAACGCCAUGAGCGGGGGUGCACCUUAUUACUUCGCUGCAGAACUACCCCCCGGGAAUCUACCUGAGCCUGCCCCAUUCACGGUGGGUGACAACCGCACCUAUCAAGGCUUUUGGAAUCCCCCUCUGGCCCCACGCAAAGGAUACAACAUCUACUUCCAGGCAAUGAGCAGCGUGGAGAAGGAAACUAAAACCCAGUGUGUACGAAUUGCUACAAAAGCAGCAGCAACAGAAGAACCAGAAGUGAUCCCAGAUCCUGCUAAGCAGACAGACAGAGUUGUGAAAAUAGCAGGCAUUAGUGCUGGGAUUUUGGUGUUCAUCCUCCUCCUCUUAGUUGUCAUAUUAAUUGUUAAAAAGAGCAAGCUUGCUAAAAAACGCAAAGAUGCCAUGGGAAACACACGGCAGGAGAUGACUCACAUGGUGAAUGCAAUGGAUCGAAGUUAUGCCGAUCAGAGCACUCUGCAUGCAGAAGAUCCUCUCUCUAUAACCUUCAUGGACCAGCAUAAUUUUAGUCCAAGAUAUGAGAAUCACAGUGCCACGGCAGAGUCCAGUCGCCUUCUGGAUGUACCUCGCUACCUCUGUGAGGGAACAGAAUCACCUUACCAGACCGGGCAGCUGCACCCAGCCAUCAGGGUAGCUGACUUGCUGCAGCACAUUAACCUCAUGAAGACAUCGGACAGCUAUGGGUUCAAAGAGGAGUAUGAGAGCUUCUUUGAAGGCCAAUCAGCAUCUUGGGAUGUAGCAAAAAAAGAUCAAAAUAGAGCAAAAAACCGCUAUGGGAACAUUAUAGCAUAUGAUCACUCUAGAGUAAUUUUACAACCUGUGGAGGAUGAUCCUUCUUCAGAUUACAUCAAUGCCAACUACAUAGACGGCUACCAGAGACCAAGCCAUUACAUCGCAACCCAAGGCCCAGUUCACGAAACGGUGUAUGAUUUCUGGAGGAUGGUCUGGCAGGAACAAUCUGCCUGUAUUGUUAUGGUUACAAAUUUAGUUGAAGUUGGCCGGGUUAAAUGCUAUAAAUAUUGGCCUGAUGAUACUGAAGUUUAUGGUGACUUCAAAGUAACCUGUGUAGAAAUGGAACCACUUGCUGAAUAUGUGGUUAGGACAUUCACCCUGGAAAGAAGGGCGUACAAUGAAAUUCGUGAAGUGAAGCAGUUUCAUUUCACCGGCUGGCCUGACCAUGGAGUGCCAUAUCACGCUACAGGGCUUCUGUCCUUUAUCCGGAGAGUCAAGUUAUCCAAUCCUCCUAGUGCCGGACCCAUCGUGGUGCACUGCAGCGCUGGUGCUGGACGAACAGGAUGCUACAUUGUGAUUGACAUCAUGCUGGACAUGGCUGAAAGAGAGGGUGUGGUUGACAUCUACAACUGUGUCAAAGCUUUAAGAUCUCGUCGCAUCAAUAUGGUCCAGACAGAGGAACAGUACAUUUUUAUUCAUGAUGCCAUUUUGGAAGCCUGUUUAUGUGGAGAAACUGCCAUACCUGUCUGUGAAUUUAAAGCUGCAUAUUUCGAUAUGAUUAGAAUAGAUUCCCAGACGAACUCUUCACAUCUCAAAGAUGAAUUUCAGACUCUGAAUUCAGUCACCCCUCGACUACAAGCUGAGGACUGCAGUAUAGCAUGCCUGCCAAGGAACCAUGACAAGAACCGUUUCAUGGACAUGCUGCCACCUGACAGAUGUCUGCCUUUUUUAAUUACAAUUGAUGGGGAGAGCAGUAACUAUAUCAAUGCUGCGCUUAUGGAUAGCUACAGGCAGCCAGCUGCUUUCAUCGUCACACAGUACCCACUGCCAAACACUGUGAAAGAUUUCUGGAGAUUAGUGUAUGAUUAUGGUUGUACCUCCAUAGUGAUGUUAAAUGAAGUCGACUUGUCCCAGGGCUGCCCCCAGUACUGGCCAGAGGAAGGGAUGCUACGGUAUGGCCCUAUUCAAGUGGAAUGUAUGUCUUGCUCAAUGGAUUGUGAUGUGAUCAAUCGGAUUUUUAGGAUAUGCAAUCUAACCAGGCCACAGGAAGGUUAUCUGAUGGUGCAGCAGUUUCAGUAUCUAGGGUGGGCUUCUCAUCGGGAAGUACCUGGAUCCAAGCGGUCGUUUUUGAAACUGAUACUGCAGGUAGAAAAAUGGCAAGAGGAAUGCGAGGAAGGAGAAGGGCGGACCAUCAUCCAUUGCUUAAAUGGUGGUGGGCGAAGUGGCAUGUUCUGUGCUAUAGGCAUUGUUGUUGAGAUGGUAAAGCGACAGAAUGUUGUAGAUGUAUUCCAUGCAGUGAAGACACUAAGAAACAGCAAGCCCAACAUGGUGGAAGCCCCGGAGCAGUACCGUUUCUGCUACGAUGUAGCUUUGGAAUACUUAGAAUCUUCUUAGUCGGGUGAGAAUUUCCACAGUGCAUCCACACAGAAACCUGUUCAUCUGUUGAGCCAGCAGCAGUUGUAACCUGUUACACCUGUGCAGAGAGAUUUUAAUGUGGGGGGUGGGAGGAUUUUACAUUUGAGAGGUAAAAGUAUUUUUCUUAUGAAGAUGUAUCUUAAUAAAAAAAAGAGAACCUGAUUACUUUCUAUUGCUGUAUUAAAGCAUCUACAUCUCAUGCCACAUGAAAUAUGUUUAAUAAGAACCAGAUUCAAAUGACAACUUACUAGUGUUUGUAAAGUGAAUACACAACAUUUUCUCUCCUGCCUUAGGUAGAGCAUCCACUACAUGUUGCAUGAAUUAAUACUUUCUAUGUGGCAUUUUCCUCCCUUUUUAAAAUAAAAAGCUGUUGAAUCCUUAAAGGAAUAAGAACAAAGAAGAGCUGUGUAAAUUCACAGUCAAUUUCAUUUUUAUAUGUUCCAAGUGUAGCAGAUCUCUAUAUAAAUAUAUAAAUAUAUAUAACUGUCUUAUUUUCUUUUAAUGUGCAAUGAUGGCUGGAUCAUUUAAAAUUCUUUUUAGAAAAUAACAUAAGCCAAAGACUCAAGUGUAAAUAUGUCUAUAAGGAAAAAGCACAUUAUAUUUAUUGGUUACUUACAUUCCUUUUUUGAUGGCAAAAAUACUACCACCACGCAAUCAUUUUUGUUUCCUAAGAUUUUUUUUCCUUUAGCGAAAAUCAAUUGUAAAUGAUUUUUGUAGAUUAUUUUUUGUAUGUUUUAGUGUAAUUAGAAGAUAAACUUUUUAUUCAUAAACCAGGAAAGCAAUGUCUUUAUAGUGAUUCCCUUGUGUACAUGCUUGUGAAUUAAAUUUAUGUAAAACACCUUGGCAAUUGUCUUUUAAUAGAGGACUGAAUUAAAAACAUUUUUUGCCAAAAAUGUAGUUUUUUCACAAUUUCAUUAGUAAAUAAUAAUGGUUUGGUGACCAGAUUAGAGACACACACACCACCACAUGUUGGAAGGCAUAGCGGGUGAGCUGCACAGUGUUUAGCACAGCUCUGGAGCAUUAUUUAGGCUUUAAAGGAAUCCAUGUCUUCAGACUGAUCAGUAACACUAUCAGCAACACUGAUGCUUCCUGGGGCGAGUAUCAGCAAACUGUCGACUAUCAAGGUGAUAAAAUGCUUCUUCCCAUGUUUACAUGCACAGGCCGUGGGCUCUGACCAUAUAGAAAGUGUGAGCAAAUCAGUGUCAGCCUGAUAUGUGCAUUUGUCAUGAGACUCUCGCGUGAACUUCUCUAAAUAUGGUCUUGUUCCCAUGCUCCAUGAAGCUAUAACUUCCCAUUGUCAGCUUGCAGUUGACCGUGACUAAAGCUUUCUAGUGUCUUCAUUCUAGAUUGCCAAUUCACUACAUGGUGCUUCUAAAGAUUUAAUGGAAGUAAGUGUGAAAUAAAGUUUUAUAAUUA